ACAAUUUUGCAGUAAGUAGAAUCCAAUAUGUCUGCGCCCAUGCAAGGGUAAGCUAAACAGGUUUAUCCAAGAAAAUGCAGAUAUAAAAUAUUCCAGAGACAGAUAUGCACAGUCAUGACCAGUAACGUAUCCAUUCACAGACAGCUUUCAGACAACUUUCUUUGACAUCCAAAAUACUAAUGCAAUAAUGCCACUUUUUAAAACACUUUCACAGCACAGCAGUAAAGGGAAGUUUAUUCUAAGUGUGGAGAAACAUGUCAGUUUCCAGUAUUUAUCAGUAAGAAAGCAUUGUAUCAAUAGUUUAAGUAGCUGUCAGACUAAAUUACUAUCAGCUGACAACAGAAACUUAUCAAAAUUAUUUAAACGCAAUUGUGUUAAAGAGAGAUCAGACAUCGGUUUAUUUUAUCCUAAGAAGAAACCGAAAAAAAGAGAAGGCUCAUUAAUUGAUGAAAUUACUAUUGGUUUAGAAAUUAUAAAGGCAGAUUUGCCAAAAUAUGCACAGGAAUGGAAGGAGAGACUUAUAUUUGAUCAAGACAUUUUCCCUGAACACGGAGACUUUGAGUAUUUUAAACGUUUUAAUGGUGAAGAUAGUGUGAAGGACUGGAUGGUAUCUACAGACCAGGAUACCAGUCAAGGUAAAAGUACAGCAACUUUAACUACAACCUCGGCAGGAACGGCAUUGUUUCAAGGGGUUCUGAACACAGAGGUUCCGAAGGAUGGUCAAUCUACUCAUGCUGGAUACUGUAAUAUCAGGUCACCUUUAAAUAAGCUUUCAUUUCAAAGACAGAUACCAUAUGAUUGGAGCAGAUAUACACAUAUGUACUUGCGUGUACGUGGAGACGGCAGAAACUACAUGCUUGUUAUACAGAUGGACAGAUAUUACUCUCAUCUUGCUUUCGAUAUGUAUAAUUAUCCCCUAUAUACAAGAGGGGGACCAUACUGGCAAAUUGUAAAGGUUCCACUUUCCCAUUUUUUCCUUGCAUUUCGAGGAAGGACUCAAGAUCAACAAUAUCUUGUUUCGUUAGACCAGAUUAAAUAUUUUUCAAUCACAGCUGCAGAUAAUAUAGAUGGGCCUUUUAGACUUGAAAUUGACUACAUAGCUCUCGUGAGGGACAACUUAGCAGACAAUCGUAAAGAUUUCAGAUAUGAACUUUAUCAAAAGAAAAUGUGGGAACUUUAGACAUUAUGCACUUCUUAGGACUAUCUUCCGGCUUGCUUUCACUUGUUAUUGAUAUUUUUAAGAUUAAAAAAAGAAAAGAAUAAAUUUUAUGAGUUAAAAACAGAAA